AGAAUAGAAGGCUGAGGGGAGACCUUAUCGCUCUCUGCAGCUCCUGGAACGGAGGUUGUGGUGAGGCGGGCGUUGGGCUCUUCUCAAAAAGAAGAAGUGAUGGGGUAAGAGGAAAUGGCCUCAAGUUGCCCCAGGGGAGGGUUAGAUUCGACAUUGAGGGAAAUUCCUUCAUGGAAAGGGCUGCCAGGCCCUGGCAGAGGCUGCCCAGGGCAGUGGUGGAGUCUCCGUCCCUGGAAGGGCUCAAAAACGUGUGGCCAUGGCACUUCAAGCAUUGUUUAUUGGUCACGGUGGGGUUGGGCUGGAUGAGUUGAAAGGGUUUUUCCAACCUUAAUGAUUCCAUGAUUCUAUGAAUUCCGAGGAGGGUAUGGUUUCCCACCACCCCUUUGUCCCUUGUGGUGCCCGGGGAGCCUUUCCGGAGGCGAUCGUGGCAGGGGGUGCUCAACGGAUGCCGGCAGCCGCCUCGCCUCGAACUUCCUCCGUAGCAAACAUCAAACCGCAGCGCGCGGCUGCGAGCGAGAACCGAGCUGCAGCCAUGGCAGAGGGCAAGAGUGGUGGAGCCGGGCUCUUCGCCAAGCAGGUUCAGAAGCGGUUCAGUCGAGCGCAGGAGAAGGUUUUGCAAAAACUGGGCAAAACGGUGGAAACGAAGGAUGAGCAGUUCGAGCAAAGCGCCUACAACUUCCAGCUGCAACAGAACGAAGGCAAUAAACUCUACAAAGACCUCAAGGCUUUCCUGGGAGCAGUGAAAGUGAUGCACGAGAGCUCCCGCAAAGUGGCCGAAACUCUGCAGGAGAUCUACAGCAGCGACUGGGAUGGUCACGAGGAGCUGAAAGCCAUCGCAGCUAGCAAUGAUCUCCUGUGGGAUGACUACGAGGCAAAGCUGGCCGACCAAGCCCUCCACCUGAUGGAGAACUACUUGGCUCAGUUUGGGGACUUUAAGGAACGCAUCGCCAAGAGGGGGAGGAAGCUGGUGGACUACGACAGCUCUCGGCAUCAUCUGGAAGCUCUGCAAAGCGCCAAGAAGAAGGAUGAGGCAAAAAUUGCCAAGGCUGAGGAGGAGUUCAACAGAGCUCAGGCGGUGUUUGAGGACCUGAACAGGGACCUUCGGGAGGAGCUGCCGGUUCUGUAUGGCAGCCGCAUUGCCUGCUACGUCACCAUCUUCCAGAACAUCUCCAACCUCCGCGAUGUCUUCUACAAGGAGAUGAGCAAGCUCAACCGUGACCUCUACGAGGUGAUGAGCAAACUGGAGAAGCAACACUCCAGCAAAGUCUUCAUCAUUAAAGGGAUCCCCAGCAACCGGCACUCUCUGGUCAUCUCCUCGCCCGUGAGUCCCCCAGCCACGUUCCCUUGCCCCGAGAAGACACCGGACUGGCAGCCCACGGUGGAAACGGAGGCACCAGCAGGUUCUCCUGGGGUGGGCAGCGAUGCCACCGAUGCCGUCUCCAACGCGGAGCUGGGUGGUGCCAUCCCCGGCCCCCCGCCAGCAUCGCCCGCCAGCGGUGGGUCCCUCUCGGAGACGGCAUCAGUGUCCAGCGAGGAGGCCCCGGAGCUCAGCCCCAGCCCCAAAGCUCUGACCCACGAGCAGGUGACGUCGGUGGAAGCCGUAGAGCUCGGGGCUGACUCCCCCGGGCUCUCCGAGAGCCGGGGUCCGGAGCCAGCGGGGGCCGAGGGCAUCGCCACCUCCCUGGCAUCGCUCAUUUUAUCCGAGGCAAUUGCCCAGGCUGCCGGCACCGUGCCACCGGAGCCGGAAAACACCGUGGCUGGGCUGGAGACGAGCAAAGCCUCAGCCACCAGAGGGGACACCCAUCAACUGGAUGGUGUGGCCAACGGUGAGGGUCAGGAACCCCCAUCCCCGGCCUCCUCAGGCCCCCGCGAUGCCCCUGGUCCUGUGCCCGAGGCACCAGCGUGUCCGUGCCCCGGUGGCCAGCGGGAGCUGUGCCGGAUCGGCAGUGCCGCGAGCGAGCACAGCGACUCCGAGGAGAGCAUGGAGGUGAUAGACAUCAAACCCAAGACGGCCAACACCCAGAUGGGUAUGGAUGUGGCGCUCAACACAGGGUCACGAGGCUGCGCUGAGGAUGGGCGUUCUUCCGGCUUCCCAGCCGAGGACCAAGGCUGUCCUGGAACACUGGAGAAGGACACAAGCUAGGACACGAGCUGGGACCCCACACCAGCAGCAACCCCUGCACAGGACCCCCACGAAACCCCCACUGCCUCAUGAGAUCAGUGCCCGGUGCGGGAAAUGGGCGUUAUUGAGCCAAGAGCAGCUCAUUCUCCUGCACCGUAACUGUAACGCACUUCCCACCCCCAUCGUGUCUGAAAUAAAGGCAGAGGGUAGAAAAGAUGGUGAG